UCCAACCAUGGCCUUCUCAUCUGAAGUCGAGCGUCAACGCUACUCCCAACAACUCGCUGAAUACACUCUCCGUCAAUUCUCUGCUGCUCGUUUGACACUCGACAAGGACGGGAUGGCUGCCGCUAAGAUACCUGCGUCGCAAAGAAAUAAAAUCGCGAGAUGGAUGUGCUCUAGAGCCCAAGUCCGGGGUUCACCCAGUCGCUCAGACUCUACGCUGAGACCCGUCGCAGCGUAAAUAGCUUCUCUCUCCCCUUGAAAAUCGGCCGAUACUUAUAAACAUCCUUUUGGGAACACCUAUCGUAGAAGACGUGUCCCGCCCUCAAAACCUCUGGGUCUCUUCUUUUCACCUAUCCGCCACGACGUGAAAACAUCUCCCACUCGUUACACCUGCAAUAGUCUCUGUUUUCCUCACACAUCACAUAUCUUUAUAUCUCUUUCUCUCUUCAUAAUGGUUAUGUAGAAUUUUUCUUUACGAACAUACUUGUACGAAUAGCAACCAAUCACCGAACGCUUCCUUUACCAGUUCAUGUAUACGUAUAUACCUACCUCCGGGCAAUGUAUUCAGAAGUCAC